CCAGGCACCUAGGAUGUUUUGGCAGAAUGUCCAUCACUUUGGUCAGAAGUUGGUACGCCGGCGGCCCUUGGCCGCAAACGAACUGUCUGAUUCUCCCUUGUCACGAUGUCUGACCACUUUGGACCUCCUGUUCUUGGGAGUGGGCAGCACCCUGGGAGCAGGCGUGUACGUCCUGGCUGGGGAAGUAGCAAGAGAGAAAGCUGGACCAUCCAUCAUUCUUUGCUUCUUAGUGGCUGCUGUAUCUUCAAUGCUGUCUGGACUCUGUUAUGCUGAGUUUGGGGCCAGGGUGCCGUGUUCAGGUUCAGCGUAUCUCUACAGCUAUGUCACAGUGGGCCAGCUGUUGGCGUUUGUCACUGGCUGGAUUCUCAUACUCUCCUACAUCAUUGGUGCAGCCAGCGUGGCCCGGGCCUGGAGCGCAGUUUUUGAUGGCCUCGUAGGGAACCGGAUCUCCCAAGCCCUGCAGACCAGCUUUCCUCUGCAAGUGCCCAGCUUCCUGGCCAAGUAUCCAGACUUCUUUGCACUUGGACUGGUGCUAGUCCUUACUGGUGACUUGGGUCCUCUGGGCUCUGGAGGCUUCACGCCUUUUGGUGUCAGUGGAAUUCUCCAAGGUGCAGCAACAUGCUUCUUUGCCUUCAUUGGUUUUGAUUGUAUUGCGACUACAGGGAAAGAGGUUCGCUGUCCCCAGCGCUCCAUCCCACGGGGCAUCCUGGCCACACUCUUAGUUUGCUUUCUAAUGUAUUCUGGUGUUUCGGCGGCACUUACCCUCAUGAUGCCCUACUAUCAGAUUCACACUGACAGUCCCUUGCCCCAGGCAUUUAUCCACGUGGGAUGGGGUCCUGCUCGAUAUGCGGUGGCUGUGGGAACAUUAUGUGCCCUUUCAUCCAGCCUCAUGGGUGCCAUUUUCCCCGUGCCUCGGGUGGUCUAUUCCAUGGCAGAGGAUGGGCUCCUUUUCCGGAGACUCGCCCGUGUUCAUCCUCGAACACACACCCCUGUCCUAGCCACUGUCCUUUGUGGAAUCAUCACAGCCCUUAUGGCUUUCCUUGUUGAGCUCAGUGACCUGGUGGACCUCACAACCAUAGGAACCCUGCUUUCCUACUCCUUGGUGUCCUUCUCUGUUCUGGUCCUCAGGUACCAGCCAGACCAGAACUUGAGCUCUCGUCAGACGAAGGAACCGGAGAGUGGAGCUGUUGAGAUGGAGCCCGCUCUUGAACGUUCUUCAUCUUUGGAGCCUAUUUCUGCAGCAGGAACUCUAGGAAUUGCAAGGAGCCUCUGUAACCCCACAGAUAAGAAUCCGACACUGAGAUCUGGCCAGAUUGUGUAUGGAUGUGCCUUCCUGCUUGUUCUCCUGCUGAUGUUCCUUUGCCUGGUCCUGGCCCAGUGGCCCGGACAGCUCUUCUCUGGAGACCUCGUUCUGAUAGCUGUGGCUGUGUCACUGCUGCUUCUCAUUGUCGGGGUGGCCCUUGUCAUCUGGAGACAGCCUCAGAGUACCACUCCUCUCCACUUCAAGGUUCCAGUACUGCCCCUGCUCCCUGUGUCGAGUAUCUUUGUGAAUGUCUACUUGAUGAUGCAAAUGACUGCCAUGACCUGGACUCACUUUGGAAUCUGGAUGGUGAUUGGAUUUGCGAUCUACUUUGGAUAUGGUAUCCGGCACAGCCUGGAUGGGAGGGAUGACCAACAGCCAACAGCAACAGCCUCAAGCUCUCAGGCUGUCCAGGAACAUACGUCCAGUGUGGAAUUAGAGUAACUGCAGAAAGACCCUGUGGCUAUCUGUGUUUGGUGGGGAGACAGUACUGGUCACUGAACUUAGAGCCUUGUGCAUCUGAGGAGAGACUUGCCGGUAUCUUCAGCUUAAGGAAAGGCUUGAAUAUUUGGGCUGUAGAUGGGAUUUAUUUUGAAAGCAUUGUUAUUUGUGAGCAAAUUUCUUAACUUUUUUCCUCUUUAUUCCCUGAAAUGGGAUCCAUGGUUUUGCAUAUGCUAGGCAAGUGUUCUAUCACUGAGCCACAUCCCUAUCCCCUCUAGUUAUUUAACUGAAAAUAAAAAUUAAAUUAUGU